AUGAUACUGCUGUACGAGCUGCAAAGGCGCAUGGCCAAUCUGAGACCCACCGCUACGGUUGUGACCACCCCCACCGGUGUGCGCUACAUUGAGCGAAGGAAUACAUCCGACUGCGUGGAGGGCAUUGCCCAAUGCUCCCAGCAACUGGACCCGCGUGAAUACGGCUUUGUCGUGGAUACCAGGCCAGACUCUGUGCCCGCUUGCAUAUUAAGCGACUUUCUUUACCUGGGUUCGCAAGAUGCGGUUAGCGCGGCCAACAUCAAAAAAUAUAAGUUAACUCACAUCCUGAGCCUCGGCAUUACGACGCCCGAGGUGGAGUGGCCCAUGCCAGUAAAAUGUAAAUUUUUGCCCUGCCUGGAUCUGCCGGAAACCGACCUAAUGGACUACGUCUUGCCAGUGUCAAUGGAGUUUAUCGAGGAAGCGCACCGAUCACAGGGUUGUGUGCUCGUCCACUGUAACGCAGGCGUUUCGCGAUCCCCCUCCGUGGUUAUCGGCUAUCUGAUGAAACGCCGUGACAUGUGCUUCGAAGACGCGUACAAUCUGGUGAAAUCAUGGAGACCAUGUAUUCAGCCCAAUGCGGGAUUCAUACAGCAGUUGAAGAGGUCUGAUUAAAAGUAAAUAGGCUAAGUAA